UUCGGAUCAGGCUCCAAUUAGGGCGCUAGUUCCAAUCUAGGUUAUCAAAUUUUUUAUUGUAAAUAUUAGUGUACAUAGUAGUUAGGUUAUCAAAUUUUAAAAAACACACCAGCGCCUCCUAAAGGCCGUCAUGAUACAUUAUAUUUUAAAAAUUAAGUAAUAGCAUAAUAAUAAUAAUAAUAACAAUAAUUGAAAUUGAAGUUGGAGGGCCAAGCCGGCCGAUCACUGUACAUGUAUAAAAUGAUUGUAGAACAAAAAAUGUUUUAAAUAAAGAAGAAUUUUACUACUACUACUACUUUGUUGAGCUCAUUCACUAUUCGGAAGCCGCAUACGGAGCAUCGGAGGAAAGCUGAUUCACUCAUCCAGAGCGUCAUCGGAGUUUUGGCGGCAGCGUGGCGAUCGGCUGGUAACAAGCCGAAUUAAUUCCAAACCCGGCGGCAGUGACUUCUCCGUCGUUUCGACAUCGGUUGGCGUCAAAGCGGUGACGGUGGCAGCAGGGUGACCGUCCAAUACCUCCCACACUUCCGGACACCGAUCGUUUUGGCGUCGUCUGGCAGCAAAUCGGCGACGCGAGAAACCAGAGUAGUAACGCGACGGCCAACUACCCUGACGUCAGCAGACAUCGCAUCAAACAAACGGCCCUUUUUCAGGGCCAACAGUGAUUGAGGAGCAAACGGUCCUUAUCAGGACCAAGAGGAAGAGCGUGUAAGAGCCUACUUUCGGUCGCAAUGAAGACGCUCGACUACGACAAUGGCGCAGCAGGUAGCAGAACCGUACCUCCGGAGAAAGUACCUCCGGAUAUAUUGAGACCCCGAUUGGAAAGGCGGAGGUCAGAGAAUUUGGACCCCGAUUGGAAAGGCGGAGGUCAGGGAAUAUAGGACCCCGAUUGGAAAGGCGGUGGUCAGAGUUUUUAGAACUCCGAUUGAAAAGGCGGAGUUCAGUACAAAUUAGAUUUUUAUUUGGUAAGGUAGAGGUCAACAAUUUGACACCCCCAAAAAAAAAAACGAUGGUCGAUUGUUCAUGUUCUUCAAUUUGCAAGUGGAGAUAACUUCACAAGAAUAACAAGAAAUGUAGCACUUGAAUAAAGGAAAUAUAAUUUCUCUUCGACAGGAUCAUAAAACGGAGCGCUGCUAAGAAGAUAUCGGAAGAAUUGGCGAAAGUAAAAGCGGAGCUAGAAAAAACUCGGAUGGAGAAGGAGGAGUUGAGCCGUAUCCUGGCGGAUAAGGACGAAGACGAAAACGAGUUCGCGCAGGUCAGAUCGAGUACGAUACGAGAGGAACAAGGCACACCGAAUGAGACAUUGCUCAUGACAAUGAAUAACAUGUCAUUAAGCAGUCUCAAUAUCCCGGAAUGUGCUCCAUCGCACGGAGAAUCUGAACUGAACAAGCGAGAUUUUGACCAUUGGAAAAAUGUUCUGAGCGCGUCCCUGAAUCUCAUUCAGGCAGUUGAGGAGGCGACCAGGUUCGAUGUGUUUCGCAUCAAAGCUGGUCCAUUUUUGAUCGAGUUACUUGAGAGUACAGCAACACAGGUGGGAAUGCCGGAUGAGGAACGAUUCCCAUACUCAAAUGCAAUGGCCCGAUUGGACGCUCAUUUCGGCUCAAGAGCUUACAUGCUAUCUCAGCGGAGCAAAUUGGCCAAUAUGGUACAAAGGAGCGAGGAGUCUAAUAUUCAGUACGUGAAGCGAGUUGCAGUGGCAGCCAAGUUAUGCAACUAUAAAUCGGAAGAGGAAUUCGAGGCAAUUUCAAGAACGGUGACUAGAGGUUCAUCAGAUAGCCGUGUUAGAACCCUGGGGUACCGAGUUCUAUCCGAUGGAGGCUCCUUGAAUGAGUUAAUCGAUCAAGUGCGCAUCCGGGAAGUCGAAUUGGAAAACGAAAAGGAUUACCGGAGGCUGCACCAGCAACAAUCAGCCACGGUAGCAGCUGUCUCGCACCGCCCUGAUGAGUACGGUCAACGUCGACGUGGUCCAUAUGAAACUCCCAGAGGAUACAACAGUAGCCGUGGCAGAGGAGGAGCAGUGUACCGCGGUCCGAUGAGGAAUCAAAGACUUGAGAAAACAUGCUGGAGGUGUCUAAGCGCAUACCAUACACCGGAACAAUGCUUUCAUGCUGACAAAGUUUGCCGUAGUUGCAACCGACGAGGUCAUAUCGCUCGAGCAUGCGUAACUCAAGUGAAGCGGGAACCUCGCAAGCGUGAAUGGCCGGGAGACGGAAUUGAACCUCCCUCCAAAAUUGCCGCGGUCGAUAAAACGAAAGAAGAAGAGGAAGAUACAAAGGUAUCAAAAAUCCCAUCCGCCGAUCCAAUGAAAUCCGAUAUUGGAAGAGUCAGGUCUAAGGACCCAGACGACAAAUCAGCGUACGUUGUAGCAUACGUUGCUGGAAUACAGGUCCCCUUUUUCAUUGACUCAGGAGCACAGGUCAAUACAGUCACAUUGGAGUCAUUCGAAGCUAUUCUUCAGAAUAAAUCAGCCAAGCAAAGCUUGUAUGAACUAUCGUACGAAGCAGAUAAGACGUUGCGGGCAUACGCUACCCAAGGAACUAUUGAUGUGGUAGCUACUUUCUCGGCAGAGCUUUUUGUAUCAGACGAAAGACCAGUGACAACAGAAAAAUUCUAUGUGGUACGUGAAAAGAGAGCUCUUCUGGGAUUUAACACAGCCAUCCGGUAUAGCUUGCUGGAGGUGGGUCUGGAUGUACCAGUUAAAGAAAAUAACGAACAAGAUUGGCGUUGUGAGUUCAACCUGUACAGUGUUCAUGUGGCCUCUACAAGCGAGUUCCCGAAAUUCAACAUCCCGGCAGUCACACUGACCUAUGACAGAUCCAUGCCACCAUCGAGAAACGUUUAUACGCAUGUUCCAGCAGCUUUCAAGGAGCUAACAACCCGAAAGUUGAAAGAAUUGCAGGAAUCCGGAAUUAUUGAAAAGGUCACAAAGGAUAUGGACAGAAGUUUUUGUUCUUCGCUGCUUGUGAUUCCUAAGGGCAAGACGGACAUCCGACUCGUCGUAGAUCUGCGAGGUCCGAAUAAAUGCAUUUUUAGGACACCUUUUAAAAUGCCGACAUUCGAGUCCAUACUGUUACAGUUGCAUGGCGCGAAAUUCUUUUCGACAAUCGACUUGAAGAACGCUUUCUUUCAUAUUGAGCUCGAUAAAAACUCAAGGCACUUGACAAACUUCUUCGCCGGUGAUGCGCUUUAUAGAUGUUGCCGUUUGCCAUUUGGUCUUACCAACGCACCGGAUAUUUUCCAGGAAGCUAUGCAAACUAUCAUUCUGACGGACUGUGAAGGUACUGUGAACUACCUGGACGAUGUCAUGGUCUUUGGGAAAACCAUCGAAGAACAUGACCAAAACCUCCAGAAAGUAAUGAAAAAGCUUGCUGAUCACAACGUGGUGAUCAACCACGAUAACUACUGCUUUGGAGAGGAAUCACAACGUGGUGAUCAACCACGAUAAAUG